CUCAUGGUCAUCGACAUGGUGCAAAUUGUGGUUAUGGUGGAGAGUACACGAAAGCUUCCGAAAUUUUCGAAAGAAAUUUGAGCGCUGUGCAAAAAUUGAUUUCCCAAGCAGGUCUAGGAUUUGGCGGCGCAAAGAGGACAGGAGAUGCAAAGGCUAGUCCAAAGCGAUCGCACAAGCCAAAGAGCGGCUUUGAAGCACAACCUGAGGAAGUGCAUGUGUCGGAUGAGAGCGAAUCUUAUCUCCAGCAACAAUUAGAUGCGAAGAAGAAAGAGCUUGAGCAAAUCAAUUCCGAAAAAGCUGAAUUGGAGUUGAGACUAAAAGACACCGAGAAUCUCUUGGAGGCGCAGAAAAGAGAGAAUGAAGAGUUGAGGACGAAUUUAAACGAAACAUUGACCCAAUCAGUUCCGGAAAUCAUUAUCGGAUCUCCUGAGCCAACUCCCACUUCAUCUUCGGAUAAAAAAAGAAAAGGCAAAAAGGGAAAAGUGGGAAUUAUU